AUGGGGAGUUGCUUGAGCAACCAGAUAAAGGCUGAGAGCCCUUCUUACACAGGCACGGGCUCGUCGAGAAUGGUGAGUGGGGAUGUGAUGAAUUUACGUAACUUGAGUCGAAAGACAUCCUCAUCAUCGUCUGUGCCCCCAACUCCCAGAACCGAAGGCGACAUAUUACAGUCACCAAACCUUAAAAGCUUCAACUUUAGCGAUCUUAGGACAGCCACCAAAAACUUCCGGCCGGACAGCGUCUUAGGAGAGGGAGGCUUCGGCUCGGUUUACAAAGGGUGGCUCGACGAGAGUUCGCUGGCGGCAUCACGGCCCGGCUCGGGUAUGGUUGUGGCUGUCAAGAGGCUGAAACAGGAUGGGUGGCAAGGGCACAAGGAAUGGUUGGCUGAGAUCAACUAUUUGGGGCAAAUUAGUCAUCCGAAUCUCGUGAAGUUAAUCGGCUACUGCUUAGAGGAUGACCACAGGCUUUUGGUGUACGAGUUCAUGCCGAAGGGUAGCUUGGAAAAUCAUUUAUUUAGGAGAGGAUUGUACUUUCAGCCACUUCCAUGGACUCUGAGAAUGAAGAUUGCUCUCGAUGCUGCAAGAGGGCUCGCCUUUCUUCAUAGCGAUGAAAUAAAAGUAAUUUACCGGGACUUCAAGGCUUCUAACAUCCUUCUCGAUUCGAACUACAGCGCGAAACUAUCUGAUUUCGGGCUGGCGAGGGACGGGCCCACUGAUGAUAAGAGUCAUGUCUCGACUCGGGUGAUGGGAACUUACGGAUAUGCAGCUCCCGAGUAUCUAUCAACAGGCCAUUUAACCGCAAGGAGUGACGUGUACAGCUUUGGGGUAGUCCUUCUUGAAAUCCUGACCGGAAAAAAAGCGAUCGACAAAAACCGGCCGACCGGCGAACAAAAUCUGGUUGACUGGGCCAAACCUUACCUGACCAACAAACGGCGGAUUUUCCGGGUCAUGGAUCCGCGGCUCGAGGCCCAAUACCCGACGAGCCGGGCAGUGAAAGCUGCGGGCCUUGCUCUUGAGUGCUUGUGCACGAAUGCUCGGUUAAGGCCCAACAUGGAUGAGGUGGUGAAAGCCUUGGAAGAGCUUCAGGAUUCGAAGGAUGCCUUGAAAAAUGAGAAAAAGGACAAUCGACCAAAUCGACAUAAUAAUAUUAAUAACCAGUCGAAGCAACCGCGAGGGAACACGGGUUAUCCUAGGCCUUCGGCUAUUGUUCUUUAG